AUGGAUCAGUCGCAAAGCAAGGGGAAACGGAAGCUUCCCAGUCUCACUUUGGCCAGAAAGGUGCAAAUAAUUGAGGAAGCUGAGGCGGACACAAGUACCCUCGAAUCAGUCGCCAGAGCCCAUGGAAUAUCUACGUCAUCAGUGAGCAGAUACGUAAAGAACAAGGAUGCAAUACGAGAAAAGCUGGAGAAAUAUAGAGAACAUGGAAUCGAGGACAGGAAAACAUUGAAAGAACAGUCGUAUCCACUUCUAGAGGAAGCAAUUUACGUAUGGUUGAUUCAGCAAAGAGAGGACAACAUAAUCGUAUCAUCAGAUAUCCUGAAGGCCAAAACAGAGGUAAUGUUUUCUUUGUUACAAUCUCAUGGUCUACAUGUUGGUAAGAGUUUUGAGCCCAGUGAUGAAUGGGUGCGACGUUUCAAGCAACGACAUGGUCUGCGAGUUGCACGGGUAGUGGGCGAGAAAGCGUCCGCUGACAUUGCAGCUUAUGAUAAAUUCAAAACAGUUUUGAUGGCGAAGAUCCUGGAAAUGGGUUUACAGAAAUGCCAAGUGUACAACGCUGAUGAAUCUGCGUUGUUUACGAAACUGAUGGCCUCUCGUAGCAUUAUUCUGUGGGAUGAGAAGGUUGCUAGUGGUCGGAAAUUGAACAAAACACGUUUUACUUUUAUGCCGUGCGCCAAUAUUGAUGGCUCCAUGAAAAUGAAACUUAUGUUCAUUGGAACAGCUGCCAAGCCGCGCGAUUUUCCCAGAAAUUUUGAAGACAGUUUGCCGGUUUCAUACCAUUUUUCGAAAAAGGCUUGGAUGACCCGUAACCUUUUUAAAGAAUGGUUCCACAACGAGUUCGUACCAGCUGUUCGCGAUUUUUCGAUGCAGCGCAAUAUAGAACCCACAGCAUUAUUAGUUCUGGAUAAUUGCACUGCGCAUCAUGAAGGGGGCAAUGUUCUCGUUAGCGAUGAUGGUAGAAUACAAGUUAUUUAUCUACCUCCUAAUGUUACCAGUGAGUGUCAGCCGAUGGAUCAAGCUGUCAUCAACGCUAUCAAGAUUCGCUAUAAACGCAGACUUAUGCUAUACUUGGUGAUGGAAAAUACGGAUUUACAACUAGAAGAGCGUCUCAAAUCUGUGUCACUGCAGAUGAGUAUUGCAUGGUUAGCCGAUUCAUGGAAUGAAAUCAGCUGUUUCACUAUCGAGAACUCGUGGAAAAAAAUAAUUGAUGAGUUUCCUGGGUACAAUUGGGAUUGCUGCCAAGAUGAAGUCGAAAAAGACGAAAGUUGGAAUGAUGUAUCUGCACUUGUCCGCUCGCUCGAUGUACUAACUGGAACGCAUACUUCAGAAGAAGAAGUACGCCACUGGAUGCAAGAUACCACACGAGACAGCUCCGGUAAUGCAGAAUGGGCAACGAGUGAAGUUUUCACCGAUGAAGAGAUCAUUGGUUCGGUGCUAAAACUCAAUGAUAAUUUUGAUCCGCUUGAAGAGGAGUGGCUUGAAGAAGAGAAUAUGUUUCCUGGUGAAGCAAAAUCAUGUUCAGCGGCUUCAGAUAUGCCAGAUUUCUCUACCACAUUGAACUCACUUGACGUGGUCCUUAAAUUUGUGGAAAACGAUCCUGUUGACACCUGUAAACUAAAAUCACUGCGAUCCAAACUGGUGGAGAAUGAAUGGAAUAAACGUAACAAGUAA